AUGCAGAUUCAACAAAGUUUUUCAGAAUAUUACGGUACAAAGGAAUCCAAUAAUAAAAGUAAGAACGAAACUAUAUCAGGGAAUGGCGAUUAUUACAUUCAUAAUGCAAUAUUUUCUUUCCAUUAUCGAAAAACAGCAAUUUAUCUUAAUUCCAGCAGCAAAGUAUUACUCGAAACAUGCGCAUUUUACAAUAACAGCUCCACAGAAAGUGGUGGAUCAUUCUAUAUCAAGUAUUCUGACUGCAUUUUAGUUCAUAUUUGUAUAUUACUUUCAUCAGUUGAUUCAAGUCAUUCAGGCGGAUGUGGAUAUAGCAUUAAUCCAUACCUUGGUAGUAACAGCAAAAAUUAUGCAUUUGAAAGUUCAGUUUCACAAUGCAGUGGAUACUUUGCUUCUUUUUAUCAUUUUUUUGGAGAUAUCAAAGUAAGUAACAUGAAUACAUCUUAUCAUGAAAUUAAUCAAUAUGCUGCAUAUGUAAUUGCUUAUCCAAAAGGAACAGGAAUUAUUAAUUUCACAACAGCAUCAAAUACAUCAUCUACAAAAUAUGCUGGAAUUAGAAAUUCUGGUAAUUUUAAUUUUACAAAAUGUAAUUAUUUAAACAAUGAAUAUACAGGAAGUGAUAAUGCAAUAAUUUUUUGUUCUUCUUCAAGUAAAUAUUCAAGUUGUUCAUUCAUAGGAAAUAAAGGAAAUUAUUUAUUUAAUAAAAAACCAACUAUUGAUAAUUGUUACUUUAAUAAUAAUGUUGUCAAUCAAACUAUAAGUAAUAAUGCAGAUACAUUUGAUUCAAUUGAACCAUUAGAUUCAUUUAUAUCUCAUUAUUCAACAUAUUGUUUUGCUACAAAAGCAGAAGAAAAUAAAGAUGAUUCAUAUAAAAAUAUAAAGAAGAAAAAUUAA